AUGGCCUUUGCACCGGCGCUUUUGAGGACGAACACCGCUCCGAUUUUCCCAGCCAGUAGUAACACCUACGGCGGCAUAUCUUCGUCCACUAUGAAUGGCCCCAGGAUAAGCCAGCUGUCUGGGUCGACCGCCGUCAACUCUGCCUCGAACACCUCUCUAGCGUCCAUGUCGACUGGCAACACUACUGCGCCCUCCGCCAACGGUAAUCCGGUGGCCACGGCAAACAUUAUCAACCAGAGGGCCGACGCCUCGAGGUCUCUGUAUCAGAUCUGCCUGUCUUUGCGACAACGGUUGAACCAGGUCCCGGACUUUGAAGAACAUCUCCAGACCCUGGAGGAGCAACCUGCCUCUGGAGACGAUGACGGUCCGGUGGAAGCUCUGUGGAGUUUGUUUCGAGCUGGCCCCCCUCUGCUUGCCAUCUACAACUGCUUGCAGCUUGGCACACCGCUCAGGGUUGACAACAUCACCAACGAAAGCAAGCGAUCCAAGUUGUCGAUCUUCAGAUUCAUCGAGGCCUGCUUGAAACAACUCGAGAUCCCCGCUUCCGAAUGCUUUGUCAUCAGUGAUCUCAUGGGCAACGAUACCACGGGGUUCGUGAAGGUAAUUUCAGUGGUCAACUACGUCCUUGACCGCGCGGAACAGAGUGGUCGGCUCCUCCAACGCUCAGCCAACCCGGAAGAAAAUGGACCUAUAGCCCCUGGCUCCCAGAUGACAUAUCGCGAUCACAUCAUUCGAGAACUCGUCGAUACGGAGCGGAAAUAUGUCCAGGACCUGGAGAACUUACAUGAUCUGAAGAAAGCAUUGGAGAAGAAGGGAGUGAUACCUGGUGACUCGGUCCAUUCGAUUUUCCUCAACAUCAACGCGAUUUUGGACUUCCAGCGACGCUUCUUGAUCCGAGUCGAAACCACCAACUCCCUGCCGCAGUCGGCGCAGCAAUGGGGCCAACCAUUUGUUACAUACGAAGAAGCGUUCCAUAUCUAUCAGCCUUUCAUCGCAAAUCAACGUAAAGCGGCGCAGCUCGCCAAACGAGACUUUGACAAGAUUCGGUUGGCCGAACACCCAGUAUCGUGCGACUUCAACACUCUUGAUGGCUUUCUGCUGAAGCCCAUGCAGAGGUUGGUGAAGUAUCCGUUGCUCCUGAAGGAUCUGCUGAAGAAGACCGAGGAACCGGAUCUCAAGCCUGUGCUGACAGACGGUAUUUCUGCUGCGGAACGUGUCCUGAAGAAGGCCAACGAAGCAGUUGAUCGCGACCUGUUGGACGAAGCGUUAGAGGAAUUGGUACGGAGAGUCGAUGACUGGAAGAGCCAUAAAGUGGAACAGUUCGGAAGACUCUUGCUCCAUGGCGUGUACACCGUUGUCACCGGGCGCAGUGAACAAGAGAAAGAUUAUGAGAUUUAUCUGUUCGAGUGCAUCCUGUUGUGCUGUAAGGAAGUACAGCCGAAUAAGAGCAAGGACAAGAAAGAGAAGAACAAGUCGAUUACCAAGGUUCGUAACAAAAACAACAAACUCCAACUUAAGGGGCGGAUUUUCAUGACGAACGUGACCGAGAUUCUCUCGUUUGCAAAGCCAGGCUCGUACACGGUACAGAUAUGGUGGAGAGGUGACCCGGGCGUCGAGAACUUCGUCAUCAAGUUCACGAACGAGGAAACCAUGAAGAAAUGGGCAGCAGGUCUUGACGUACAGCGGAAAGAGAACGUACCGAUAGCGACUGUGAGCCCCGAGGCAGCAACCCCGGACUUCGCCUGGACGCGGAAUGUCAGCAUGGAGAACCCUUACGCUCAACAGGAUGACGACGACGACGACGAUGAUGAUGAACCGCCCCCGACGGCAUCUCAACUACCGACCCCCAGCGUUGGUUAUGGCAGUACUGGAGGUGUCAUGACGCGGAAUGCUUCGAGUACUAGCCUCAGGAACCGAUCAGGAGCCAUCGAAAGUACACAGUCGCUAGCUGGCAUCGCCCGAGCGCCGCCCCCGCGAUUUGCCGUACCACCGCCUCCAGGGGCUCCCGGGCACUUGAGCCUUCAAACACAGAGCACGGCGCAAUCCCCAGGCCAUUAUGGAGGGGAGUCGUAUUUUUCUCCUACGGCGGAGUCGCCGGCAUCGACGCGAACGAGCACAGCCAGCACCAUGUUUGGUCCAAAUGGUCAGUAUCCUUUUCCCCGGACUGGUACACCGCAAGGCGGUUGGGAAGACCACAACCGAUACACUGCUCCGGCCGCGCCGCGUGCUCCGUCUAGGGAUGGGCCAUCGCCCAUGAACGGCAGGAAUCCCCGGGGACCUUCGUUGCCAGUGUUGGCCUCGCAGCAAUCCUUGGCUCAGCAGCAGCGCAGCCGGUCGUAUAGCACACCAGAUAUCAACGGUCAGCCCACCGGGCGCAGGACUAAUAGCAGUACUCCUGUGCCUGCCGUGCCGGGUAUACCCGCCCACCUUCACCCUGCUCAUCACGACUCGAACAUUCCGCGCUCUCAGACAGGGUCCCCUCGCCAGGAUAUCCCGAUCCGCACUAACACUCAGAGCCCAGGUGUCCAGCGGGACCGCAUGACCUCGCAAAGCGGCCAGUAUGGCGGAGGGACCAUGGCCCAGUUCCCCACACAACCCAUCUAUUCUCGACAAACAACGCCCGCGCCGGGCCAGAACACUGGUUCUUCGGUACCGCAGGCGCUGAGUCUCGAUGACCGGCAACCGGUGUCGCCACCCCUCGGGAGCGCUUCUCAGAUCGGUCCGCUCUCGAGUCCCGACUUACCAAUUCCUACACAACUGAAGGUCAAGGUGAACUGUGAGACGGGAACCUACGUUACGCUUGUCGUUCCGUUUAACAUCACGUACCAGUCCCUGGUCGACCGUAUUGAUGCCAAGCUUGCGCGAUUCACAAAUAACUCGAUUGGUAAGGGCAAUCUGAAGCUGCGAUAUCGUGACGAGGAUGGCGACAACGUGACGAUCGAGAGCGAUGACGAUAUUCAAAUCGCCUUCCUCGAAUGGCGCGAGGGUUCGCGCAAUAUGUACGGCGGCGUCGGAGAAAUAGAGCUUUUCUGCGUUGGAGCCACGAACUGA